GUCGCCUGCUGCCAUUCCUAUCACUAACCGACCACCCCUGCAUUUCAAACCAGUUGCCCACUGGCUGUUCUGGAGUCUGAAUGCCACUGGGAAGCCACCCUUAGUGAAGAGAGCCAGCUCUGGGGCAGGCGCAUGGAGGAGUGACAGGAGAUCACCACGUCAGCCCAGCGAGCGUGGUGCGGAGGAAGAAGAGGAGGAGGAGAAAGACAUGGCCUCCACUAUCCUGGAAAGCAUCUUCCUGAAGCGCUCACAGCAGAAGAAGAAAACUUCUCCUCUCAACUUCAAGAAGCGUCUCUUCCUCCUGACGGAAAGCAAGCUCUCCUACUACGAGUAUGACUUUGAGCGUGGGCGACGAGGCAGUAAGAAGGGGUCCGUGGACAUUGAGAAAAUCACCUGUGUGGAGACGGUGGUUCCAGAGAAUAAUCCUCCCCUGGAGCGGCAGGUGCCGAGAAAGGGGGAGGAUUACAAUGAGAUGGAGCAGAUCUCGAUCAUAGAGCGGUUCCCAUACCCUUUCCAGGUGGUGUAUGAUGAAGGACCCCUCUACGUCUUCUCCCCGACAGAGGAGUUACGCAAACGCUGGAUUCACCAGCUGAAGAACGUGAUCCGUUACAACAACGACCUGGUGCAGAAAUACCACCCCUGCUUCUGGAUUGACGGCCAGUACCUAUGCUGCUCUCAGACAGCCAAAAAUGCAAUGGGUUGCCAGGUCCUGGAGAGCAGGAAUGGAAGUUUAAAGACUGGGUCUCAUCGCAAGACAAAGAAGCCUCUCCCCCCGACCCCUGAGGAGGAUCAGAUGAUGAUGAAGCCGUUGCCUCCCGAGCCAUCUUCCAGCUCUGCGAGUGAGCUGAAGAGGGUGGUGGCACUGUACGACUACCAGCCGAUGAACGCCCAGGACUUGCAGCUGCAGAAGGGAGAGGAGUACUUUGUCCUGGAGGAGAGCAACCUGCCCUGGUGGAGAGCCCGGGACAAGAACGGGAGGCAAGGUUACAUUCCCAAUAACUACGUCACUGAAGCCAAGAAUUCCCUGGAGAUUUUUGAGUGGUAUUCCAAAAACAUAACCCGGAGCCAAGCCGAGCAAUUGUUGAAGCAAGAGGGGAAAGAAGGAGGCUACAUUGUCCGAGAUUCCACCAGCAAGACAGGAAAAUACACAGUCUCUGUGUUUGCCAAGUCCUCCGGGGACCUGCAAGGAGUCAUCCGCCAUUACGUGGUGUGCUCCACGCCUCAGAAUCAGUAUUACCUGGCAGAAAAGCACCUCUUCAACACCAUCCCGGAGCUCAUCAUGUACCAUCAGCACAACUCUGCCGGGCUCAUCUCCAGACUGAAAUACCCUGUGUCUCAACAACGAAAGAAUGCCCCCUCCACAGCAGGACUGGGCUAUGGGUCGUGGGAGAUUGACCCGAAAGACCUGACUUUCCUGAAGGAGCUGGGUACUGGGCAGUUUGGUGUGGUGAAGCAUGGGAAAUGGAGAGGCCAGUUUGAUGUGGCCAUCAAGAUGAUCAGAGAGGGCUCCAUGUCAGAGGAUGAGUUCAUUGAGGAAGCCAAAGUCAUGAUGAACUUGUCACAUGAGAAGCUGGUGCAACUGUAUGGUGUCUGCACCAAGCAGCGCCCCAUCUUUAUUAUCACUGAGUACAUGGCCAAGGGCUGCCUCCUGAGCUACCUACGGGAAACCCGGGGGCGGUUCCAGCCUUCUGAGCUGCUGGAGAUGUGCAAGGACGUCUGUGAGGCCAUGGAGUACUUGGAAUCCAAGCAGUUCCUGCACCGAGACCUGGCUGCUCGCAACUGUUUGGUGAAUGACCAAGGAAUUGUGAAAGUAUCUGAUUUUGGCCUUUCCAGGUAUGUCCUAGAUGAUGAAUAUACAAGCUCCAUGGGGUCCAAAUUUCCAGUCCGGUGGUCUCCCCCAGAGGUCCUUCUGUACAGCAAGUUCAGCAGCAAGUCUGACGUCUGGGCUUUUGGGGUUCUGAUGUGGGAGGUUUACUCCCUGGGAAAGAUGCCCUAUGAGAGGUUUAACAACAGUGAGACAACAGAACAUGUCACCCAAGGACUGCGUCUCUAUCGGCCUCAGCUGGCCUCAGAGAGAAUCUAUGCCAUCAUGUACAGCUGCUGGCAUGAGAAAGCAGAUGAGCGACCGACCUUCAGAGUCCUUUUGGGAAAUAUCCUCGAGAUAACAGAUGAUGAACCCUGAACUGCUACUUGAACCAAGCUGUCAUUUAUUAGUGUUUAUUUUUGCCAUUUAAUCUUUUCUGUGACUAACAAACCUGCCCUAACAGGCACUGGAAGAGUCCUAAAAGAGCCUGCCAUACUCAGAAAGGCAGAAGAUAUCUGGAUUCACCAAACAGCAUCGGACUCUAGCUUCUCCCACAAUCCAACAACUCACUUGUGUUGGAGCCCUCCUGGUACUAAAGAGAAUAGCAACCUACUUGCUAUAGUUACAGAUCAGGAACCUCCCUGGAGAAAGGAUCCUUGAAAGCAGCACUUCACUGCUGCACUGGGCUCUUGCUACAGCCCAGAGACUGAAGGCAUUAUAAAUGGCAAUAGCCAGGUACUAAUGGCCCGUGCAGGAACUACGAGCAGAGAUUGAUCAAAGAGACAUAGAAACUAGGGAUUUUUGUAAAAUAAAACAGUACAAAUUGAGAGGAAUUGGGUCACUGAGAUCCAAUAGCUCCUGUCUACUCCAGGCAAGAGCCUGUCUAGUGUGCAGCUCUGGUAUGGUUGGCUAGGCAGUGGCCCACAACAAGAGAGUGCUACUAGAUGUGCUUGCUACACUGGACAAUCAAGAAAAAGCAUUUCUAAAAUACUGGGAUGGCUUCCAAUCUCCAUGGACCGUCAGUGGUGGUCACAAUUGUGACCAAAGUGGUCCCUGUCGCAGGCAAUA